GAUAAAUAAAGGUCCGAGGAAUGGUUGUCAUCCCCGGGGUCCCUAAGUUCCCCAUCUUUUAAUCUCUCGGCCUGUCUUUUCCUUCGAAGCUUCUCUCUUAGAUAUUUGAUGUUCCUGGCUAGAUUUGCAUCAAAGAAAUUAAGAACAUUAGAGAUAAAAUCAUUGUUAGGGAAAUCAUACCAGUUGUCCUUCUUCUUCACUCCUGGGUAAGAAAGAAUGAAUGAUAGAAACGGACAAAGACAGAAAAGAAAACGCUUGGAAUGACGGGGAAAAGAUGGGUGGUGAUGGCCGUCGUCCUCAUGCUGCUGCGGCCUCAGAAAGGUGCGGCGAUUUGGUUUAGUUUACCGGCGACCGGAACAAAGUGCCUGUCAGAGCAAAUCUACAGCAGCGCAGUCGUUUUGGGGAACUACUACGCUUUCUCCGAUCGAGAUGUCCUCCCCGCUCCGGCCAUCGCCGUCCAGGUGAAAUCGCCGGUUGGAAACGUGGUUUAUGAGAAGGAGCAUGUGAAAGGGAAUGUGACAGUGGGCCGGUUUAGCUUCACAACUACUGAGGCCGGAAUGCAUGUUGCCUGCUUUCGCCUCAUUACUGACACUCAUGAAUUUAACUCGACCGCCGGUUUAACGGUUAGCCUCGACUGGAAAAUCGGAAUCUUUGCAAAAGAUUGGGAAUCAGUUGCCAAAGCACACAAUAUAGAGGGCCUCGAGCUUGAGUUGAAAAAGCUGGAAGAAACAGCAAAGGCCAUCCGCCAAAAUACAAUUCAUCUUAUGAUCAAAGAUCUGAAAAUGCAAAGAGUUAGUAAGGCGACAAAUAAGAGGGUGGCUUGCUUCAGCUUCAUGUCUGUGGGACUCUGCAUUCUAGUUUCAGCUCUGCAAGUAUGGCACUUGAAGACAUUUUUCAGAAAUAAGAAGCUUAUUUAAUUACCUAGCUAGUAAGCUAGCUAGCUACCUUUACUUUUCAAAACAUAUAUCAGUCCAGCCCACUGACAUUUAAUUAAUGUCUUUCUUCAAAUUCACACCUACAUGAACACCAGGGGCGGAGCUAGAGGGGUGGCCAACCGGGCCACGGCCCGCCCCAAAUUUGAAAAUUCUUUGUAUUUUUAAUCUAAAAAUUUAUGUAAAAAGAAAUUAUUUAAAAAAUUCUUUGUACCGGCCCAGCCCAACCUUCAAUCCUAGCUACGCCCCUGAUGAACACACGUUCUCUACCUCUCUUAGCUCUACCUACCUAGCUUCAAGUAUACAAUACAUGCAAUUAUAUUAUAUUAA